CUUAACAUUGAAUUUAAGAAGAAGAAGAAGAAGAAGAAGAAGAAAGUUACAAUUUUGAUGGAGAAAUUGAGAAGAAUGGUGAAUGAGAUUGCUUACACUCACAAUCCCAAUCUCUAUAAGCUGCCUUCACUUCACCUCUCUCUCUUCCCUUUCCUUUCCAUUGCCUCAACUCUCUACAGAUUCUCUCUCUUUCUUCGCCACUCUCUUUAUCAACAUCAUUUCUUUCAAAUCCACCGUUUGCCAGUUCCUGUGAUCAGCGUUGGGAAUUUGACUUGGGGAGGCAAUGGGAAGACGCCGAUGGUGGAGUUCAUCGCUCUCUGCUUUUCCAAUUCAGGAAUUUCACCCCUUGUUCUUUCCAGGGGUUAUGGUGGUGGGGAUGAAGUCAACAUGCUCCGGAGGCAUUUACGUGGGACACCAACUAAGAUAGGUGUUGGUGCUAAUCGAGCUGUUGUUGCGAGUCAUUUUAUCCAAAAAUAUGGUUACAUUGAUAUUUGUAAGAGUUCAUGGUAUGGGAAACAAAACCUUGAUUGGAAGGUCCAGGAUUUUCUUGAUUCAGAGAAAAUUGGGGUUGUAGUUCUUGAUGAUGCAAUGCAGCAUUGGAGUUUGUGGCGUGACUUGGAUAUUGUAAUGGUCAAUGGAUUAACUCUAUGGGGUAACCUUCAAUUAAUGCCGCUUGGACCUUUAAGGGAACCUUUGACUGCACUUAGACGAGCAGAUGUAGUUGUAAUCCAUCAUGCUGACUUGAUUGCUGAGGAUAAUCUCAAGGAUAUUGAAGCAAUGGUGCUAGGAAUUAAAAAGUCGGUUCCUAUUUUCUUAACAAAAAUGGAUCCAACUUACUUAUUUGAGGUGGGAAUUAUUGAUGUCAAAAUACCAUUGACAGCUCUUCACGAAGCUACUAUAUUAUGCAUUUCUGCUAUUGGUUCUGCAGAGCCUUUUGUGAAGCAGAUUCAAAAGAUGGGAGCACUUUAUGUUGAUCGAAUAGAUUUCAGUGAUCAUCACAUAUUCCAUGCCAGGGAUAUUGAGAUGAUCAUAGCCAAACUUAUAGAACUAGAGGGGAAGUUUGGUUCCAAACCAACUGUUGUAAUAACUGAAAAGGAUUUUGAUAGGGACCCAGAGAUUCUUAAGCUGUUAUAUCCAUUCAAAGUUUUUGUUCUCUGUUCUACAUUGAAGGUUAUGCCCUACAGAGGAAACACAGAAGAUAGCUUUAAGAAAUUUCUGAAGGACCAAUUGAAAUUAUGA